AUGGGUGAUAAUAUCCAGCCGCAUCCUGAAGAACAAUACCCUAGCAUCGAAGGUGAAACCCUCUCUCUGCCAUCACCUACUAGAAGCAAGUUCGAGAGCCAUGAUGAACCGCCUACUCAUAUUAGGGAGAGCACCAGUCGUCUCGGAAGGUUUUUCAAAAUCUUCUGGCUCCUGACCGAGUCGAACGCCCUGACCUUCGUCGGGCCAAACACCAUAUUCGGCAUCUGCGGCGCCCUUUCCGGGCCAUGGAUAGUAGCGGAGCAAAGCGGCAACAACAACGACGAAAUGUCGAAACUCAAAGCAUUAGCGCGCCUCGGCCUCGUGAUACUUUUCAACUGGUCGAACCUCUUCAUCUUCGACCUAGCUAAUCAACGGCUGCCGGAGUCGGUGGUCGAAGACGCGCUAAAUAAGCCAUGGAGACCCGUGCCGAGCGGGUUCAUCACAACGGACCACAUCCGCUGUGCCAUGCUAUACCUGAUCCCGCUAGUCGUUGCGUUUAAUCAUUUUGCGCUCGGUGUCGGCAUCGAGAGCCUCGUUGUUAUGGUGCUCACGUGGCUGUACAAUGACCUACGGGGAGGCGAUGAGGGCUAUAUCGCUCGCAACGCGAUCAUCGCCGCUGCUUUCAUGGUAUAUAACACAGGCUCCGUCAAAGUGGCUGUCGGGGCGCGCGACGGAGGGUUGUUCGCCGGGUUGAGUUCCGAGGGCGUGGUGUGGGCGGCAAUGGUCAGCGCCACCAUCUUCACCACAAUGCAAGUCCAAGAUCUACAAGACGUCAAGGGCGACCGCGUGCGCGGACGACGCUCCGCGCCCAUCAUCAUGGGCGACCGGCUGGCGCGCUGGAGCGUCGCGGCACCCAUGUUUGUGUGGCCGGCGGCCGGCGCAUGGCUCUGGGGCGCGGGUCUUGCUCUGGGUGGUCCCCAGGUCACUCUUGGCGCGCUAGUUGCGGUACGGUGUCUUUGGUAUUCGGGCCUGCAGGCCGAUAAGUUGACAUGGAGGCUUUGGUGUCUCUGGACGGCCAUGCUGUAUACGCUUCCUCCUCUCUGUUAUUACUUACCUACAUUUCGGUUCAUGUAAAGGUCUAAGAAGAAGUGAAUUUUAACUCGAAAAAGUCAUGACGCUAUAGAAUGACUUUAUGUCACGUGUUGUUGUCUUGAAGGUUAAAUAUUCUGUGUUUUGGACUCUGAAUGCUUUCUUAUCACAUGUUUCAGAUCAGAUUGGAUUCAGGUGUGCUAAAUAGCUAUUCGGUUUAUGUUUUGCCAUUUGGAGACUGGAUCUGAAU